CCGGACGGGAUCUUAGGACACGUUUCUUCCUUACUGCCUGAAAGUAACAAAGAUGCAGUUUUCUGGAACAAAAAGAAAGAAGCUGAGUCUGGCAGGUGACCAGCGGAGUGCUCACUAUCCUCAUAGCCUCCAGUUCUACCUACAGCCUCCUUCUGAAAACAUAUCUUUGAUGGAGUUUGAAACACUGGCUAUUGAAAGGCUUAGAUUGCUCAAGAUAGUUGAAAAUCUUGGUGUCAGCUAUGUGAAAGGGUCUGACCAAUACCAGAGUAAGUUGGAGAGUGAAAUUCGAAAACUCAAGUUUUCCUUCAGAGAAAGUUCAGAAGGUGAAUUUGAUGCACGAAGGAAGGAUCACAUAUCUCAUUUCAUUUUGCGUCUUGCUUAUUGCCAGUCAGAGGAUCUCAGGCGCUGGUUCAUCCAACAAGAAAUGGACCUUUUUCGAUUUCGAUUCAGCAUCCUGCCUUCUGACAAGGUUCAGGGUUUCUUAAAGGAUAGCCAUCUACAGUUUGAAACUUUAAGUGACAGAGUGGAGAGGACCUGGAUUCAGGAAGACCUGAUUUGUAGUGCCCCACAUAUUAAUGGUAGGAAACUGGAGUCCAUAGAGGUAUACAAGCUACCCUUCCCAGACAGGGUUGACCUUUGGCGAGGCAGAAAGUUAAUCCUAUUAAAAGGGUUCCUUUUUGUCAAAUUGUCCUGGGUCAUUGCAUUGCUGCUAGUAGAGAAGAGAUCAUUUUUGUCUAGGGUUUUAUCAUUAACAGCGAGGUCAUUGCCAUCUGUACAAUCUGAUGAGCGACUACAGCCUCUUCUUAAUCACCUCAGUCAUGCCUAUGUUGGUCAAGAUUACAAUGCACAAGGAAAUACAGGGAAAAUUUCACUGGAUCAGCUUGAUUCUCUUGCAAUGAAAUCAUUCCCACUUUGUAUGCGUCAGUUGCAUAAAGCUUUGAGAGAGCAUCAUCAUCUUAAGCAUGGUGGCCGAAUGCAAUAUGGCCUUUUCCUGAAGGGCAUUGGCUUAACCCUUGAGCAGGCUUUGCAGUUUUGGAAGUUAGAAUUUAUCAAAGGAAAAGUGGAUACAGACAAGUUCGACAAAGGCUAUGCUUACAACAUCCGACAUAGCUACGGGAAGGAAGGCAAGAGGACAGACUAUACACCAUUCAGCUGCAUGAAGAUUAUACUAACCAAUCCCCCGAGCCAAGGGGAUUAUCACGGGUGCCCAUUCCGCCACAGCGAUCCUGAGCUGUUGAAGCAGAGGCUCCAGUCAUCCAAGAUUUCUCAAACCGGGAUAAACCAGAUUUUAGAUUACGUAAAAGGCACUCACUACCAGUUGGCCUGCCAGAAGUUCUUUGAUCUAACACAUAAUGUUGAAGAUGUGUUUUCUUUGAAUCAUCCUAAUCAGUAUUUUUUGGAAAGCCAGAAGCUUCUCAAUGGUGGCCGAGAAGUCAAGAAGGAGCCCAGCCAGUCAGAAGUUCCUCAGACCAAGCAGAGUGUCCAGAAAACUGCUAAUUCAACUUUUCCUACAGCAUCUUUAGAUUCUACUCUUGAAAUGGAUAUGGAAGGGUUGGAGGGUUACUUCAGUGAAUAA